UUGUGGCUUGCACUGCUCCUUGUUCAUCAAGGAUGUACAUUGGUUCCAGUGAUCACAGUUCAACUCGGUGAGCCUGCAACUUUAACCUGUGCUUUGACAAAUGAAUGGUUGGGUAUUAAAAGUCUCCACUGGUACAAGCAGAGUGCAGGUGAUACUCUGAAAGUGAUUACAAUGCUGCGUAAAAACACCGACCCUAAGUAUGGACCGGGGAUGUCGGGCUCAAGACUGAAGACAACAUAUCAUGAGAAAAUCACCAAUCUGACAAUUCUGAGGACAACUAAAGAAGACGAGGGAUUCUAUCACUGUGCGAUCCUUGACUGGACUGAGAAUAUCUGGAGAUCGACCUAUUUGUCAAUAAAAGGAAACAAAGACGAAACAAUGAGCUACACAAUUGUGCAGCGAUCACGACCAGCAAAUAUAGCCAGGUUGGGAGAUUCUGCAACUUUGGAGUGUUCAGUUCUCUCUCACUCCAAGAAUAGGUCUUGUCCAGGAGGCCUCAGUGUGCUCUGGUUCAGAGCCAGAUCACAAAAAUCUCUCCCUGAAAUCAUUUUCAUGGAUGGAAUCACCCAAGACAACUGUACUUGGAAACAUGGCAGGAAAUGCGUUCACAGCUUCUUUCACAAUGUCAGCAGCUCAGAGUUUGGUACCUACUACUGUGCGAUAUCCAUUUGUGGAGAAAUAUUAUUUGGAAAUGGGACUGCUUUUGAAGCUGAGAAAUCAUCAGACUCAACAUUUAUCAUUCUGGUUACAGUAGUAAUUUGCCUGAUAAUUUCAGCUGUUUUGCAUAUUACCAUCUUCUGUCACCAAACCCAUAAAAAAGCAAAAAAACAUAGUAAAGACAUAACAUCAAAGCAUGAUGAUUUGGGCCAACAAGAAGAUAAUAAUGGUGACAUUGAAAAUGCUGUGAACUAUGCAGCGUUGCAUUUCUCAGGAGGGAAAGCAAAGAAAGAAAAGAAGAAACCAACGGAUGAAAGUGUGUACUCGCAAGUUAAAUUUUAAAUACAACUUAUUGCCUAUGUAGUACGCUUUAGAGAUUCAAUUUGAUGGCAUGUAAAUACAUUGUGUGAAA